AAUGUGUCUCGAGUUUCUUCCACGGAAUUUGGCAAUUGGGUUGGGGUGUCGACAAGAAGUAGACCUUCAGUGGAGUACAAAACAGGGUCUUUCACGCAUAUGGGAUUUUAGUUAGGAUGUUUAUGGGACAAUGGUAUCCAUUUGGGUCACUUCUCCGCUUGCUUAGAUAAAACGUAUCGGUUUCUGCAACUCCCACGUAGGCGUGUGCUCUUUGAACAAAUCUCCUCGGUUCUAGAAGUUUUUGUAUGUGGCGAGCCAGUUAAGUUGAUGAUUCUUCGAGCAAUGACUUCGGGACGUGGAGAGAUUACUAAUUGUUGAUUGCUACAUCAUUGAAUAUUGCCGUAGUUACCUGGAGUUAAGUGACUCUUACGUGAAAUCAAUAGAUGCAUUUGAUUUUGUUUCUGAAAGAACUCAUUUUCGCCCACAGGAAAAACUUCUUCGACAUCGGGAGCUCCUUGGCUUUAUCAUCCUCCAACACCUAGAGCCAGAGAAUUCAGGAGCAUGUCUUCUUCCACAUCCUCUGCUCCGGCAACUCUUAUCGGGUGUGAAAUGAAGCCCAUUUACGACCAAAAACUUUUCACAAAUGAUGACCAGCCACUCUUGGAAAUGACACAUGAUAGCACACAAAGUGAUGGAUUGCCCAGCUUGGCACAGCAAUUUUAUGACUCAAAAGAAGGACCAGAGAACCUGAAUGGCUAUUUUGAUAAGAAAGUGGAGAUCUCUUCUGGAAAAGGCACAACGGUGAUGAAAGCCGACUCACACACUGAGCAUCCUCCAGAUGAUUCCAGGAAUCCCAGUUCAGGUGAUGUUGUGGAUGGAAGCCAUAUUUUAAGUGAUUGCAAGGCCGUUUCCCUGAAUUCUUUGAGUCAGUCGCCGUCUCAGUCUGGUUCAGCGAUGCUCUUCUGUCCAAGUCCUAAAGGCAGCUUACGCUCUUCUGCUCCUUAUGUGGAAGCCAAAGAAAGUUGCGCCGGCACUGAAUUGAGUGAGUGCACAGAUGGCAACAAGAAGUCCAGCGAAAGUGAAGUUGCCAACCCAUCCGUCAUAACUGAUUGCAGGAACACCAGCAUUGUGAGUGAUGUCGGUGAUGAGAGCAGCUGCGGUAAUUUUAGCAGCAUUAUGAGCAGGCCGCACAAGGCAAGAGAUAGAAGAUGGAAAGCAAUCCAGGCUGCCAAAUCUCGUCACGGGCUAUUGGGCUUAGAGCACUUCAGGAUGUUGAAGAAGUUGGGUUGUGGCGAUAUCGGUAGUGUAUACCUAUCGGAGCUGAUAGACGACGGGAAUUACUUUGCCAUGAAGGUUAUGGAUAAACCAACACUGACUAGUAGGAAAAAACUUGCAAGGGCACAUACGGAGAGGGAGAUAUUGCAGUCUUUGGAUCAUCCUUUCUUACCCACUUUAUACGCGCACUUUGAGACGGAGAAAUUUUCUUGCUUGGUGUUGGAGUUUUGCCCAGGAGGAGACUUGCACACGCUUAGGCAAAGGCAACCCGGGAAGUAUUUUCUAGAGCGUGCAGCCAGGUUUUAUGCAGCUGAAGUCCUCCUAGCUUUGGAGUACUUGCACAUGCUUGGGAUCAUAUACAGGGACCUCAAGCCGGAAAACGUUUUGGUCCUAGAAGACGGGCAUAUAAUGCUGGUGGAUUUCGACCUCUCUCUAAGAUGCUCUGUCAGCCCGAUUCUGGUCAAGUCCUCUAACCCAAUCUCCAAGGCGGGGAGCUCGACUUCCUGUGUACAGCCUUCCUGUUUCGCACCGCUCAUCUUUUUCCGUAAGCUCAAGAAGGAAAAGAAGCCCAAGCAAAAGAAAGAAUCGUUUCAUCAAGAAAACGUUCUGCCCGAGCUCGUGGCCGAGCCCACGGAAGCUAGAUCAAUGUCGUUUGUCGGGACCCACGAGUACUUGGCACCCGAAAUCAUCAAAGGCGAGGGCCAUGGAAGUGCCGUGGACUGGUGGACGUUCGGCAUAUUUCUUUACGAGCUCAUGUUUGGUAGGACUCCCUUCAAGGGUGCGGGGAACGGAAGCACUUUAUUAAACAUCAUCGGGCAGCACUUGAAAUUCCCGGAAUCGCCCUCCGUGAGCCUCGCCGCGAGAGACUUGAUCCGGAGUUUGCUCUUGAAAGAUCCCAAAAACCGUCUUGCUUACAGUCGUGGAGCCGCCGAAGUUAAACAGCAUCAAUUUUUCAGGAGCAUCAACUGGGCACUGAUUCGUUGCGCCAGUCCGCCGCUGGUGCCUAAGCAAGCAACGGACGGGCUUAUGAAGGACACGACAAAGCGAGCGCACGGCGCCGGCAUCGCUGCGGAAUCCAUCGGUAAUUGUUCAGAUUUCGACGUUUUCUAAGUUCUCUGAUCCUCUCUUUCCUUUGCCGCCUCGAAACCAGCUUUAUAUACAUGGUCAUCUUGGCUUCCCCUACAUACAUAGAACAGCAAAUGCACUCCAACAAAAGUGUGCGUUGCAUUGCAUUGAAAAAAGAAGAAUUGGUUCAUUCGAUCC